AUGGAUUUCCAGGAAGCCCAAACCCAUCUGUUGAUCAUCCUCGGACGAUUGUCGCAAGAAUUUCAUAAGCUACCUGGCUCUGCCAUCCUACUCCGCUACAUCAGGUCCAGUUACCAGAACGAUCCUAUCCGGUCUGCGGUCGAGCUUUUCCUCGUCCUUUUCGCUGUCAGAUAUCUACUUGCGCCGAAAUACUCAACCAAGCCGAAUUAUGUCACGCUGUCAGAGGAGGAGGUCGACGAGUUAGUCGAGGAUUGGACGCCCGAACCGCUCGUGGCGAGGGUGACACCGUUUGAAGAGGCAGAAAUUGAAAAGAGACCUGUCAUUGUAGGUCCCACAGGCCCACGUUCGAAGCUCUCCAAUGGCCGGACCGUCACGAACCUUGCCUCCUACAAUUUCUACAACUUCGUCUCCAACGAGCUCCUUAAAGAACGCGCAAUACAGACCCUGCGGACCUAUGGGGUUGGGCCAUGUGGACCCCCGGGUUUCUAUGGCACUCAAGACGUCCACAUGAAGAUUGAAGCUGAUAUUGCUGCUUUCUUGGGCACCACAGCCUGCAUCAUCUAUGCGCAGGCGUUCAGUACGAUUAGCAGUGUCAUUCCAGCGUUCAGCAAAAGAGGGGAUAUCAUUGUUGCAGAUAGAGCUGUCAAUUAUUCCAUACGGAAAGGCCUGCAGAUCAGUAGGUCUACGGUGAGAUGGUACGAGCACAACGAUACAGAAGAUCUGCAGAGGGUGCUAGCGAAGGUCACCAAGGAACAAAGCAAGAAGCCCCUGACCAGGAGAUUCAUUGUCACCGAAGGCCUGUUUGAGAACGUGGGUGAUCUGGUAGAUCUGCCCAAGAUCAUAGAGUUGAAGCACAAGUACAAGUUUCGGUUGAUCCUGGAUGAGACAUGGAGUUUUGGUGUGCUGGGGAGAACAGGACGAGGUGUGACUGAACACCAACAUGUUGAUGCGGCGGAGGUGGACAUGAUCGUGGGUUCGAUGGCCGGUCCACUGUGUGCUGCGGGUGGCUUUUGUGCCGGCUCGGAUGAGAUUGUUGAGCAUCAACGAUUAUCUGCUGCUUCCUACACGUUUUCUGCAGCGCUGCCGGCCAUGAGUGCGACGACCGCGAGUGAGACACUGCUGAUCCUACAAACUCAACCCGAGAUUCUGAACGGGUUAAGGGAAAACAUCAAAGCGAUGUGGACUCAGUUGGACCCAAGGAGUGACUGGAUGAGAUGCAUCAGCGCAGUAGAGAAUCCAGUCAUGUUGAUGGUUCUUAAGCAGGAAGUGGUCAACCUGAGAAGGCUUGGCAACGAUGAGCAACAGCAUAUCCUCCAAGAUAUUGUGGACGAGUCUCUCGCCCAGGGUGUCCUUAUCACCCGCCACAAAACCAUUCCCCCAAAUCCCUCCGGCACCAAGAAUGAAGUUUUCACGCCACAACCAGCGCUCAAGAUCUGUCUGUCCACAGGCUUUUCGAAGAAAGAGGUCGAGAAAGCAGGCAUCAUCAUCAGGCAUGCUAUCACCAAGGUGAUGACGAGGAAGCGGUAA